AUGAUAAAGACGUUACCUAUAAAAAAGUUAAGGGUGGAAAUGUUUGGGGCCAAUUUCAGUCGAAGCCAGGUCCUCACCUCCUUGCAUUAUUCCUUGAUGAAACCACGGACAUUUCAUUCUUCUGCAAUCACCUAUAAACUUUUUGGUAAAUCAAAAAAGCCCACUACGAAACCCGUAGAGCAAGUUUCUGAAACAAAGCUUUCCAAAUCUAAACCAGAACCAAUAUCAUCUGCAUCACCAUCCGCGUCAUCAUCAUCACCAUCAUCAUCCGCAUCAUCAUCGACGACAUUAAAGUCUGUAUCAAAUGAUCUGUUUUUAAAAAGAGACAUCCCCCCAGCAGAACGUCCCUCGGGUCCGACCGAACAGGAUUUUAAGACCCACCCUAUUCUCAAACGCAUCCCCAAAUUCUUACGCAAUUACGCUUCUCAAUUCAUUCAUGCACCUUACUCUCACCUUGUUGCAUUUCUAGUGCUUCACGAACUAACGGCAAUUAUUCCACUAUUUGGUAUUUGGUACUAUUUACAUAAUCAUCCAGGCUUUAUUCCAAUGGAUCUUCCACAAUGGGCAUUGACCAAAGGCGCUUCCGUGAUGGAUAAAGUCUUGGAACGAAUGGAUUGGCACAUUGAUUCCUCACAAAAGAUUUCAGUGAUUAUGGAAGGUGCCUAUGCUUACACGAUAGUCAAGUUUUUAUUACCAGUGAGAGCAAUAGUCAGUUUAGCUGGGAUGCCAUUUUUCGCCAAAUGGUUUGUUGUUCCCAUAGCCAACUUGCCAAAAAACCUUCGUGAAAUGAGGAAAAUAAAACAAGAGAUUAAGGAAGAGGAAAAGAAGAAGCAAGUAAAGAAGGUGAGUAAUCCCAAGUUGUAA